CUGACUAGGAUACCCCGGUCGGAAAACGCUGAUGCAGAUAUGCUUUCAAAAUUGACACAAGCCUGCCCGGAGCAUGUGUCGAAGUUGGCGAAAAUUGAGAUCAUGGACGUGCCGAGUACAGACCGGUUUGAAAUCGCGGCUAUCCAACCGGGCCAGAAUUCGGAUACCGGGACAAUCGGAGCAGAUGAUGACUGGAGGUACGAUCUCAUGGAAUAUUUGGAGACCGGUCAGAAACCGGAUGACGAGGAACGGGCCAGGAAGGUGGUCCUGCGGGCUCCCCGUUUUCAG